UAUCUAAAUUUCUACGGCGUUUGUUGUCAAUCUUGAUAUAUUUUUUCUCUUUACUUUUGUUUUAUGAGAAAUUUGAGCUAUUUUCUCAUAUAUGAGAAUUUAUUUUGUACUUAUGUUGAGUUCAAAUAUGUUUAUAUUUUAAAAGUUCCUUAAAGGUGAUUGUAAUAAUAGUAAAUAUCUACAAUAUCUGUUGUAAAAGGCGGGUCUUGGUAACGGUGUCCGUAAAUUCGGUAUUUUUGUUAUACAUUAGUAUAGGUGAUGCUACUCAGUGAAAUAAUACAUGUAUAACUGCGAUACUGCGUUACAUUUAAUUAUUAACUUUGUAGUGGUGUACUUUCUGGUUACAAAGGAAUAUAAAUAGCUAUAUGGAAUGCUGGAAUAUGGAAAAUGGCCCGCCUGACAGGUGAAGUAGUACAUAAUUGUAUGCUGUCGGGCGGCAGUUCGGACCUGGAGGCCCGGGCGGCUUGUGGCUGGAUGUCGCCACUUGGAUGUGUGGCGCGGCUGCUUAGGACCCGAUGCCGAUCCACCUGGACUCAACCAACAGAUUGCCCGUCUCCACAAAUCCCAUUGUCGGCGCGUUUUACUCUGACAUACCCUUUAUAAACAACAUGGAUGAGAUAUCAUAUUGGAUUUACACGAAACGGGCACCAUGCCUCUUGAAAUAUGACACAGACAAGAAUAGUUUGAAUAUUUAUAACAAGCCUAUAAGUAUUCAUACUAUUGAAGAUGACGUACUUACCCCGAAAAAGAAUAAAAGAAAAUUGUCAUUACUGGACGAUGGAUCCAUAUCAACUGAGAAACAGAAUGUAUAUUUCGAUGUUUCCCAAAUUAGAAAUCAACCAAUCGCAAAGAGUCAUAAAUCGGAGGCUCAUGCCUCUAACAUAGAUUUCAAUAUUAAAAAUUCGCCAGUACAGAAUAAAAGGAAAAGAAUAAAAAUGCAAAAAAAAAGUCAAACUAACUUGCAUAAAAAGAAUAAAGUUGUUACAUCUACUCCUAAAGCCAAUGUAAACUUGAGGAGAAGUCUACGGCGACAAGGAAGUCUAAACAAUAAUAACAUAACCCGCCUAGACAGCUCAUUUGAAGUUCUCCAUUGUAAUCUAGCUGAUGAUAUUAAUCAUGGUGCAUAUUCUGAUGAAAAACACUCUUCAAAGCCCAAGAAACCAUUGCAGAUACUUGAUGAAGGUGAUCAGAGUGUAAACAACAAAAGCGAUAAUGAGAAAUUAAUAAAAAGACCAACUCCUAAUGACCAGUUUGAUGAUUUAAGUGAUGUAUCCGGAUUUACAGCCAAUUAUAUAAGAUCUACUAAAAUGCACGCAAAUAAAGCACCAAGAAAUCUAAGGAGCAAAACUAAAUGGAAUCUCACAAAAGAGCAUAGUAAGAAUUUAAAAGACAAGAAAACUAUUGUUUGUGUUAACAAAUCUGUCAAUACUGGAAUACCCAACACGUCUGCAUUGAACUGCAGUACAAGCUCAUCACAGAAUGUUGUUAACUUGGUGACAGUUAAGAGCAAUAAGAGAACACCAAAAGUUAAUAAAAGUACAUCUUUACUUAAAUUUAUAGAUUCAAGAAGUGGCAAAGCAAAUGUAGUUGAUGGGAAAGUGGAUACCAGCAAUGAUCAUAACCCCAAUCUUGAUGCAUCAUUCCAAUCUUUAGACAGCGGCACAUCAAGGUAUCCUAAGAGGCAGAGGAUUUCUUAUACAAAUACAACGGUGCCUACAUCAAUUAAAAUGAAUAACUCGACAAAACAAUCUUUAGACAAGAGAAGAAACCCUGACAAAUAUCCUUUACAGCACAAUGACAGGUCAGAGAGAAAGGAAAAUCCAGACGAGACAGUCGUUUCUAAAACUAGAAGUGGAAGGAGUAUAGGUCAGACAUUACGACAACAUAAAAAUUCUGUAUUAGUUGUGAGUAACUCAGUGGACCAAUCUAGUUCUGUGGCGAGCAUGAAUGUAGCUAUCACAGGUAACUCAACUCGGCUACAGAAUGGUUCUAAGACUAAGAAUAGAAUGUCUACUCGGAACAUGGAGCGAGUGAAAUCAAACAGGAAUGGUACAUCACUGCGUAGAGAAUCACUGAGAGACCGCAGUGGAUUUGCAGCAUGUUUCUCGGACAGCGAUGAUAGUGAACCUUUGAAACAGAAGAAAUAUUUCUGUUAGGGCUCCCACGAACUGUAUUAUAUUUGUAGACAGUAGUUUAAUGCGUAAUUGAGUAUUUAUUUAAUCUAAAUGCUAUAAUAGACUUCAGAGAAACGGACUAUUUGCAAUAUGUUAAAUGUACGCUUCCUGCAGAUGGCUCUACGUUUGCGCAAUGUAAUUUAAUAAUAAUUUUUAUCAUUAUAUAAAAUGCAUGUAUUAGCCUAAUUGUAGAUUACUGCAUAUUGUAAUAAUAAUAUAAUGAUUAUCAAAUUUAUUAGUGACACAAAUGCAAUUUGUGCAUAGAAUUUUCGUUUUAAUGUGCCAUUAAUUAUACUUGUAUAAUGUACAUGUACAUCCAUGACAGUUUAAUUUUAAUUGUUUAUACAUACGCAAUUGUUUUUAUUCAACAUUAUGUUUUAUAUGUUUGUGAUAUAAUAUCAUAAGUAAUGUAUUGAAUUUUA